AUGACACAACCACCUCCUCCAAGGGACUCUCUUCGACCCUCCCCGCCACCACGUGCACAAUCCCACCAAUCCGGGACAAUACAUCAACACUGGAAUGAUCUUCCAGCCGGCUAUAUACCUUCGCCGACAUCCCUCUCUCGCUCUGCCUCUCGAAACUCAAACAUAACACCAACAGCCGGUGGUUCACGUGGCAUUAGCCCUCUCGGCCGGGCCACUCCAAUCGAUAAAUCACAAUCACAAUCGCAAUCCACAGAAGAACCUACAGAAACAACAAGGGAAGGUCAACAUGAGUUAUCAACCUUGCUUCCAGCGUUGUAUACUCUUCCGUCUACAUUGUCGCAGGCGGAGAGAACGCAGUUACAAACAAGGAUAAACAAGUCACUACUUCCGAAGACGGGGGAUGGUGGGACAACUGAUGAGCAGAAGGAAUGGAUUAGGGGGAUUUUGGAGAUGUUUGUGGUUAGCGGGGAGGUGGAUGGGAAGACUUGUAGAGAGGAGAUUGUGGGGUUUAUGAGGAGAGAAAGUGGGGUUGCUGGGUGGGCUGGGGGGUUGAGGAGGGUUGUUGAAAGUGUGAUUGCGAAAGAGGAAACGACUUGA